AUGACAACAUUCAUUAGUGCUGCGGACGGCAACGAGAUUUUUCAGGCACUAUACAUCCCCAGACAAAAGGCUACUCCGGCUACGGAUGAUCCCAGUAUGUUGGCAUCUAUCUCGACCUACCCAGCUCUGGGUCAGGUAACGCAAAUCGAGAAGCAUACAACUGUGUUUAUGGCAUUGCUCGAGGUUGACCAGGCUCGAGCUUCGGAUCCGUGGCAGGUCUCGCUCUGGCACUCAGAGGGGAAGGAUUGGCGGGAAGUGCCUAUGGACCCAGUCGUCAAGGAAACUGCACGUCCUACUGAGCUACAAGCUGUCAAAGCAACUAACGGAGUUGGCCUGGCCAAGCUCUACUUUAGUACCCCUCUCGAAAUCCGCCUCCCCACUAGCUUCACUAUCAAAUUUCGCGCUGGCCCGAAUGAGUCGUGGAUAUGGAUCAAGGAUCAUCAGGGCAUGACUGAUGGGGCUGCCAUGAUGAGCACGGUGACCAGUCAGGAAACCAUUUCAAGCGAACUGAGAAAUUACGUCUCGGGACUUAAUCCGAUAUUGAACUCGAAGAAUUACCGAAGUCAGUCACCUGGUACCACGCUAUGGACUGUUGAAGUUCCAGUUGAGGGCGCAACUGGAGAAAAGUCCGCUUUCAAGGACAUCAAGUUUGGCUUGCCCUGGGGAGAAGGCAAAUUUUCAAGAUGGUUCGCUCUCAUACGACUCUGGUCUCCAUGGCUCGUACCCCGACAAGGAAAGGACCAUUUCGAAUUGGACAAGGAAGCAGUUAUGUGCUCAUUUCUCAGCCUAACCGGAAAGCAUUUGGUUUUGCUGGCACUCACGAAUGCUGCGGAUGUCAUGACCAUGUUUACAAGUGAUGGCGAUGGAAACGUUGUCCUGCAUGUCCGAAACGAUAGUGCAGAAACCAAGAAUUCUCAUGUUCUUGUUGCUCUUGGUGACAAUUUUGAAUCUGCUAAUGCAGCCGUUAUGUACCAUGCACGAGGUAUUGUGUCAACCUCGCAAGCCGCGAGUGGAGAGGUGCAGAGGGAGACAGAAGCUUUGAUUUCGAAAGAGGACGACGAAAAGAUUAAGUUCUGGUCCGAGAAUUGGUAUGAUGGCUUGACGUACUGCACUUGGAACGCUCUCGGCCAACGUCUCACUGAAGAAAAGGUCUUGAAGGCCGUCACGACCCUUGCAGAGAACAACAUCAAUGUGACCAACUUUAUCAUUGAUGACAAUUGGCAAUCGAUUGACUACCUUGGACACGGCCAAUUCCAACAUGGUUGGGUAGAGUUUGAAGCAGAGAGAGAAGCGUUUCCUAAUGGUCUGAAGCACAUGGUCAAUCUCAUCCGAGAGAAGCAGCCUAGCAUACAACAUGUUGCUGUUUGGCAUGCCAUCCUGGGGUACUGGGGUGGUAUUUCACCCGAUGGGAAGAUUGCCAAGACAUACAAAACUGUCAAGGUGGUAAGAGAGGACGCGGAAAGAAGAAAUUUGCCUCUAGGCGGAGAGAUGACAGUGGUAGCAAAAGAAGAUGUUGCUAGAUUCUACGAUGACUUUUACAGAUUCCUGUCGUCCUGCGGGGUAGAUGCAGUCAAGACUGAUGCCCAAUUCAUGCUCGACACAUUUGUUUCGGCAAAACAUCGUCAUGAUCUCAUACCAGCUUUUCUGGAUGCUUGGAACAUCUCCACCCUUCGACAUUUCAGCGUGAAGGCCAUUUCCUGCAUGUCUCAAACACCAGCGAUUCUUUUCCACUCUCAAAUGCCAAUGAACAAGCCUCCUAUUCUCGUCCGGAAUUCAGAUGACUUCUUCCCUGAGGUCCCGACUAGUCAUCCAUGGCAUAUUUUUGUCAAUGCUCAUAAUGCUCUUUUCACCCAGCACUUAAACCUGAUCCCUGAUUGGGAUAUGUUCCAGACUGUUCAUGAAUACUCUGGGUUCCAUGCUGCUGCUCGAUGCGUCAGUGGGGGCCCAAUAUACAUCACUGAUAUUCCAGGCCAGCAUGAUCUUGACCUCAUCAACCAGAUGACUGGCCCUACUCCUCGUGGUAAGACCGUCAUCUUCAGACCAAGUGUUAUUGGCAAGACCUUGGAUCAAUACAUCGGCUACGAUGAUGACCACUUACUUCUAGUCGGUACAUACCACGGUGCUGCAGUGACCGGAACUGGCAUAAUCGGCUUCUUCAACGUCUCUCAACGCCCCCUCACCGAACUGAUCCCUCUUUCCAAAUUCCCCGGCGUAGUCGAAGCCCAAUACUACGUCGUGCGCGCGCACUCGAGCGGCCUCGUAUCUAAGCCCAUGCAAGUUGUCGACACCAAUAGUCUGCUAACCCUUUCCCUCGGCGUUCGCGGUUACGAGAUCAUGUCCGCCUACCCUCUCCGCGGCUUCUUCGACGAUAAGAAGAUCGAGACGACGUGGGUUGCUAAUUUAGGCCUGCUGGGUAAGAUGACCGGCGCGGCGGCUGUCGUGGGCAACAAGAUUACAAAGUUGGAGAAUGGACGGAUCACAAUUGACACUAAUCUGAAAGCUUUGGGUGUUCUUGGAAUCUACGUCUCGACGCUGCCUAGCCUAGGCUAUAAAGAUAACAUGAUCAUCACGAUGCAAGGGAAGGUGUUGCCGCUGCACACGGUUACGACCAGCAAGACAGACGAACACGUGCUGGAUAUCGACGUGGAGACAGCGUGGAAGGAAUUGGAGUUGCAGGCUGGCUGGAGCAACGAGGUUGAGGUCAAGAUCUACAUCAAUCCUGCUUAG